UGUCCUUGCUUUCUUGCCUGGUGACAGCUGGAUCCCUCCACCAUUGACCUGCCUCUUCUACAAUCACCCACCUCCCGUAUCAUCCUGCCUCAUGUGUCUCCUUGUGCAGGCUCUGUAACUCAGUGCCCACUCCCAUCAAGAUUUCCCCCCAUCCCUUCUGCUUCUAGAUCCGUCUGAACCCUUUUCUCACUCAUCACAGGUCAUCUCGUCUUGGAUCUGGCCCAGGCCCGAUCCACGUUGGUGCUGCCCACAGGCUUCAUUGCUGCGGCCGGCACCAUGACAGUGACCCUGUGUAGCAGCCGGGAGCUGCCCUCCAGGCCUGAUGGGGUGCUGCAUGUGGCCCUGCCCACUGUGCUCACCCCACUGGCCCAGGCAGGCCCAUCAGGGCCCUCCAGACCUCCAGGGCUCUGUGACGACAGCUCCACCAGCUGUUUUGGAGUGGACAGCCCUCAGGAGGAAGGGCCAGCCUGGGAGCAGCCAGCUGUCCCUCCAGAUGUGUUCUCGGGCCCUGCCUACUGUCCUGCCCCAUAUACCUUCUCCUUUGAGAUGUUGGUGACUGGACCAUGCCUGCUGGCCGGCCUGGAGAGCCCCUCUCAUUCCCUGCGGGCAGAUGCACCCCCUCAUGCCAGUUCUGCAACCACUAUCUGUGUCACACUAGCAGAGGGCCACCCGUGUGAUCGGGCAUUGGAGAUCCUACUGCACCUCAGUGAGCCCCAUCAGCCACACUUGAUGUUGGAGUGUGGCAGCUUGAGCUCAGCAGAGUAUGAGACCCAGGUGAGGGCCCGCCGGGAUUUCCAGAGGCUACAGCGAAGGGACAGUGAUGGGGACCAACAGGUGUGGUUCCUGCAGAGACGCUUCCAUAAGGACAUCUUGCUGAACCCUGUGCUGGCGCUAAGCUUCUGCCCAGACCUGAGCCCUAGGCCUGGACACCUGGGCACAGCUACUCGGGAGAUCCUCUUCCUGCUGGAUGGCAGCAGCGCAGUGCACAAGGCCUGUGGGGAUGCCAUUAUUUUGGCUAUGAAGUCCCUCCCAGCUCAGACGCUUGUCAACCUGGCCACAUUUGGGAUGUCAGUGCAGCCACUCUUCCCAGAGAGCCGGCCUUGCAAUGAUGACACUGUGCAGCUGAUCUGCGAGAGCAUUGAGACCCUGCAGACCACGAGUGGUCUUCCUGAUGUGCUGGCGGGGCUGGGCUGGGCCUUGGGGCAGCCCCAGCACAAGGCCCACCCCCGGCAGCUGUUCUUGCUCACUGCUGCCUCACCUGUGGCCGCCACCACCCACCAAGCCCUGGAGUUCAUGAGGUGGCACAGAGGAGCAGCUAGAUGCUUCUCCUUUGGGGUGUGGCCUGCCUGCCACCAGCUGCUACAAGGGUUAUCUGUCCUCAGCAGGGGGCAGGCCUACUUCCUGAGGCCUGGAGAGAGACUGCAGCCUAUGCUGGUGCAGGCUCUGCGGAAGGCACUGGAACCUGCUUUGAGUGACAUCUCUGUGGACUGGUUUGUGCCUGAUGCCAUGGAGGCACUGCUGACCCCCCGGGAGAUCCCAGCACUGUACCCUGGGGACCAGCUGCUCAGUUACUGUUCACUCUUCAGGGUGGAUGGCUUCCGGCCCUGCCCUCCACGGGGACAAGAGCCUGGCUGGCAGAGCUUGGGUGGCUCAGUUUUUCCAUCCCCAGAGGAGAUACCAUCUGCCACCAGUCCUGGCACUGAGCCCACAGGUACCUCGCAGCCACUGGGAACAGCCACUAUGUCAGCAGAACUACUCAGCUCCUGGGCUGCUGGAGACUCAGAGCAGAGUACUGAUGCUCUCAUAGACCCUGUGACCGACCCCGGACCCAAUCCCUCGUCUGACAAAGCCAUAUGGCGUCGCAUCUUUCAAUCUUCAUAUAUCCGGGAGCAGUAUGUGCUCACCCACUGCUCUGCCAGCCCUGAGCCAGGCCCAAGCUCCACCAGCAGCAGUGAGUCUCCAGGCUCCCAGGGCACUGGCAGUCUUCCUCUGGACCCCCCUUCUCAGCAGGGGCGCCGCAGCCUAGCUUGGGAAGAACCUGCAGGCUCCUGCUCCUGCCCCCUGCCUGCACCUCCGCGAGCUCCGUUCAAGGUGGCAGCCCUGAGCGCUGAGGUACUAGGCCGGCAGCAAAGAGCAGCUCUGGCUGGCCGAAGUCUCUCAUCCCCCCCAGGCCAGGCAAACCCAGUCCCUAGCCGACCUCGGCACCCCUCUCUCGAUGCAGUACCGGACGGAUCAGGCCAACAGCUGGGUCAAGGCCUGGAUGAUUCAGGAAACUUGCUCUCCCCAGCCCCCAUGGACUGGGAUAUGUUGAUGGAACCACCCUUCUUGUUCUCGGCUGUGCCACCCAAUGUGGAAUCAGCCCCUCCAGCUGAGCCACUGCCUCCCCAGGCCCCCUGUUGCCAUGUGGUGAUCCGGGCCCUGUGUGGGAAGCAGCCCAUGUGCUGGGAGGUGAGUGUUGGGCUGGAGGCACUCUGUGGGCCUAGGGAUGGCUCACAACCCCUAUCACCCCCUGUGAGAGAAGCUGCGUGGGACCAAGCACUCCACCGGCUGACAGCAGCCUCUGUGGUCCGGGACAACGAACAGCUGGCCCUCCGAGGAGGGGCCGACUCCACGGCUGACCAGAGCCAUGCCCGGAGGUCCAGGCUCCGAGCCCUUCAGACAAGCAAGGCCAGUUCUGUCCCAUCCUGCUUCACCUGCCCAGUUGCUGUGGAUGCUACUACUAAGGAGGUCCUGCCUGGAGUCCUGCAGGUGUGGAGUUCAGAGCUGGCUGAGCCUCCAGGCACUUCUGUCUCUCAGGGCCAUCUAGCUGCAGCUCCCCCACCCACAGUGGUCCACUCUAAAGGAACCCGGGACCUGGACCAAAAUGACAACUCCAGGUCAGCUUCAGGGGAGCUCCCAACUCCUACCAGAGGUCUGCACAGCCUGCCCCUCCAGCCUUCCUCCAGGCUUAAGGGCCAAGCCAGUGAGGACAGUGAAGGCAACAAUCACGACUAUCUGACCUUGGUGCGACUGCAAGAGGCAUCAGGCUCCUUCCGGCUGGAUGAGUCCUUCUGUUCUGCUGUGCGCAUCCCGCGGGAGCGCCUGUGCCGAGCCUCACCCUUUGCUGCCCACCGUGCUAGCCUCAGCCCCACCUCAGCCUCGUCUCCCUGGGCACUUCUGGGCCCUAGUGUUGGCCGAGGUGACAGUGCCACGGCCUCCUGCAGCCCAUCCCCCAAUUCAGGCUCUGGGGGUCCAGGCCAGGCGGAUAGUGGGCGGGGUUCAGAUACGGAGGCCUCUGAGGGGGUGGAAGGGCCGGGCAGCUCUGAUCUGCGGGGCCGUACUUGGGCCACGGCCGUGGCGCUGGCGUGGCUGGAGCACCGCUGCGCAGCAGCCAUCGGUGAGUGGGAGCUGACGGCGGCCAAGGCUGACUGCUGGCUGCGGGCCCAGCACUUGCCCGAUGGACUCGACCUGGAUGCCCUCAAAGCUGCCGCCCGGGGGCUCUUCCUGCUACUGCGCCACUGGGACCAGAACCUACAGCUACACUUACUGUGUUACAGCCCAGCCAAUGUGUGAGGGCCGCUUGCAGUUCCUGCUGUGGACCCCAACAAACUCAAGUCACUGCCACCCAGGGCCGGACUCGGUGCUGGGAAGGAACAGGCUGGUGUCAGCCAUCCUCCAUCGCUUUUCAUUCCCUCCCUACAGCCCCCUUACCCCCACAAAAAGUGCCUGCGUGCUCUCUUCCCUCUCCUUCCACCCUGUACUCCUUCCCGUGUGCUCUGAGCUCUCGGCAGCAUACGGGAACCGGAAGAGAGCCACACCCUCCAAAUCCUAUGCAAUAAAGUGCCUCUUAGGACUGCCUGA